AUGCCAGUCAUGCCCAGGGUGACACAGGUGGUCCCUGUCCAAGUUCUGGACUUGUGGCAGUGCUCAGGGGAGUCCCAGUUGUGCCAGGCUAAAGUGUGGACCUAUGAUGGUGGUCUGGGUGUCUCAGGCAUGCUGGGGCAUGCCCCAGGAGUACUGGGCCAAGGGGAGGUCCAGGCAUCUCAGGCAUGCUGGUGCACCUCAGGUGUUCUGAGCUUAGGAGCAGGCCCAUCAUGGCUUACACUCAGCAACUACCAGAACUAUCUGUCCUUCAUUUUUGCUAUAGAAGAGAUCAACAAGAAUCCACACAUUUUACCCAAUAUUUCUCUGGGCUAUGAAUUCCAUAAUUUCAUUUACAGCCAUUGGAGGAUGCUAGAGAAUUCCUUUAUUUUGCUCACAGGACAACAUGAAAUUCCUAAUUACACAUGUAGUAGACAAAGUAAGUGUGUGGCUGUACUAACAGAAAUGUCAUGGGGUACCUCAGCUGAGAUUGGUCCACUGCUGGAACUCUACAGAUUUCCACAGAUAACCUUUGGCUCAUUUGAUUCUACACUGACUGACAAGGUCCAGUAUCCUUCUGUCUAUCAGGUGGCUUCAAAGGACACAUAUUUGGCCCUAGGUGUGGUGUCCUUGGUGCUUCAUUUCCACUGGACAUGGGUGGGCCUGCUUAUCACAGAAGGCCAUAAGGGUCUUCAGUUUCUCUCAGAUGUGCGAGCUGAGAUGGACAGGAACAGAGUCUGUGUAGCCUUUGUGAAAAUGGUCUCCACUGUGACUGUGUCAUAUCUCUCAGCCACACAGAAACAUCAUAUCCUGACCGCAGAUACAUCAUCAGUCAAUGUUGUGGUUAUGUACUAUGAUACAGAUAGUCAAACUGAUGCGAACUAUAACAUAUGGCAACACUCUGUGACAUGGAAAGUCUGGGUGACAAACUCACAGUGGCAUCCUGAUCUGGUAGGAAGAAAUUUCAUACUUGACCCAUUCCAUGGGACUCUAAUUUUUUCACACAACCACAAAGAGAUUUCAGGUUUCAAAAACUUUGUCCAGGGAGCUACUCCUUUCAAAUACCCAGAAGACAUUUAUCUAAUUAUGUAUUGGUACAAUAAUUUCCAUUGCUCCUUCUCUGAGCCUGAUUGUAUACUGAAGAACUGUACACCUAAUACAUCUUUGGCUUGGUUGCCUCUGAAUCGUUUUGACACAGCCAUGAGUGAUGGGAGCUAUCAUAUAUACAAUGGUGUGUAUGCUGUGGCCCAUGCCCUCCAUGCAAUGGUUUUUGAGGAAGUUCAAUGUCCACCAAUGAGAAAUAGACAAAUGAUGGUAUUUUCCACCUGGCAGCUGCAUCCUUUUCUGAAGGAUAUCCAAUUUAACAAUCCUGUUGGAGACCAAGUGAACUUUGAUCACAGCAGAAAACUGGAUUCAGAGUACAACAUUCACAAUUUUUGGAAUUUUCCAGAAGGUAUUAGACAUAAGGUUAAACUAGGAACAUUUUCUUCACAUGCACCAUAUGGCCAGAGAAUGUCAUUGUCUGAGGAUAUGAUAGAGUGGGCCAUAGGAAUUACAGAGACUCCUCAAUCAGUCUGCAGUGACAGUUGCAAUCUUGGAUUUAGAAAAAGCCCUCAGGAGGGAAAAGCUGCAUGUUGUUUUGAUUGUAUACCAUGUGCAGACAAUGAGAUUGCUAAUGACACAGAUAUGGAACAUUGCAUAAAGUGUUCAGAUCAUGAAUAUGCCAACACACAGCAAAACCGCUGCCUAAAAAAAGCUGUGACUUUUCUGGCUUAUGAAGAUCCUUUGGGAAAAGCUCUGGCUGGCACUGCAUUGAGUCUCACUGUUCUCACAGCUGCUGCUCUUGGGAUCUUUGUGAAGCAUCGAGACACUCCCAUAGUCAAGGCCAACAAUCCAGCUAUGAGUUACACCCUGCUCAUUUCUCUCAUCUUCUGUUUUCUCUGCUCCUUACUCUUCAUUGGUCGUCCCAGCACAGUCACCUGCAUCCUCCAGCACACCAUAUUUGCAAUUGUGUUCACUGUGGCUGUUUCCACUGUCUUAGCCAAAACUAUUACUGUGGUUCUAGCCUUUAAGGCCACUGCUCCAGGCAGAAGGAUGAGGCAGUUGCUGAUGUCAGGGGCACUAAACUACAUCAUCCCCAUCUGCACCCUAGUCCAACUCACUCUCUGUGGAAUCUGGAUGGGAACACAUCCACCCUAUAUUGACACAGAUGCACACUCUGAACAUGGCCACAUCAUCAUCAUGUGUAACAAGGGCUCCCUCAGGGCAUUCUACUCUGUCCUGGGAUACCUGGGCUCCCUGGCCCUUCUCAGCUUCACGGUGGCUUUCCUAGCCAGGAACCUGCCUGACACAUACAACGAAGCCAAGUUUCUGACAUUCAGCAUGCUGGUGUUCUGCAGUGUGUGGAUCACCCUACUCCCUGUGUACCACAGCCGCAAGGGGAAGGUGAUAGUGGCCAUGGAGAUCUUCUCUAUCUUAGCUUCCAGUGCAGGACUUCUGGGCUGUAUCUUUGUUCCAAAGUGCUACAUUAUGUUGUUCAGGAAAGAAAAGUAUUCUGUAUAUUCAGUCAAGCAUAAAACCCAUUUUGGGAGAACAGAGACUGAGGCUGAGAAGUCUGUGGCCACCAAGCAGCCAACAAUCUGGCAGGUGUGUGUGGGCAAUUAUCUGAUAAUUGCCUAUAAAAUGGCCACUAAUCACCAUGCAACAAAGAAAUGCAGGCUGCUGGCAGGUUACCAUGUGAUCCACGGCAACCUAGAUGCUGCCAGUAACACACUAAAGGGGUGCAAAAUGGUGGCUGGCCAUCAUGUGACCCACAGUUGGAUAGCUGCUAAACACAUGAGGGGCCACAAGGGGGUGGCAGCUGACCCUGAGACUCGUUGCAAGAGGGCAGUACCCUGCCAUGUGACAGAGGGCCGCAAGAUCCUGGCUGAGCUCCAUGACAGCUGCAGCAACAUGGCUGCUGACAAUCAUCUGGCCUGCUGGAGGGCUGGAACACAUGAGACAGGCAUAGAAAAUGGCAAUGAAGAGACUAAGAACCCACAGAGGGAACAGACAGCUCAGCUGGGGGCUUGA